AUGGGGGACUAUGGCCCAGACGAGUUCUUGUACAUGUCUUCAAGUUCCAGAGCACUGAUUCAAGACUUCUUGCAGGAAGCGUCCUGGAACCCAGCCGCUCGAGAUCGAAACCUAUCCCAUGCAUGGGAUGACAAUACACAGCUGAGCCUGACCGAAAAGAACCGAGAUAUAGCAGGUUGGGUAGACACGAUUUAUGUGCCCUUGAAGAAUCCAAGGCCUUCUUGGGAUGCGGCAGCUGAAGUGGCACGAAUGGCUUCGCCACUCAACGAUCUGGGCGACCGAGACAAGACUGAAUCCCUAAAUCGCGGACCACCUCCGAAGGAUGAUCUCCAGGCUGAAUUGGAAGCGCUGGAGUAUCCUGAACCUCCUCGAUCAAGGAGGCAAUCUACCUUGGGCGCGCCGCAGGCUCGUAAAACUUCUCGACCAAGAAGGGUGAGAAAACGCUUUGGUCUCCCUCUCCUUAUGGAUCAUCCCUCAGGAAUAUCCGAAGAGAUCAUGGCGUGUCCGGACAGCGGUUCGGAUGAGAACAUUAUAUCUCUCGAUUUGGCGAAUACCUUGGGACUCAAGAUAGAGCAGACCAGCUCCGAUGAUCCGAGACAAUUCGCAGUCGCAAACGGGAAGAUUGUCACAGCAGUCGGGCAGGUCUCUACCAGGUGCAGCUUUGCCACUGGGGCCCCUUCAGCAACCGCGAGUCUUGAGUGUAUCUUCCAUGUUUUCAACACCUUGGCCGUUCCUUUGAUCAUGGGUAUCGACUUUUUACAGCAGACAGAGACCCUGAGCAUUCACAAAGAUCGGCUCGUCGAACUGCCGGGCCCAGCCAUGCAGUCACUGAGAGUGAAUAGCGUAGGAAGACCCAAGAGGAGUUUGGUUUGUCGACUUGACGACCAUGUGGGCUUUGCUACCGUUGAUACCGGAUCAGACUUGGAUCUCGUCAGCCCCGAAUUUGCCAAGUCCGGAGCUUACAAUAUCGAGCCUGCGUACGAGCAAGUCGAAUUUGCAGACUGCAGCGUAGGCUACAUCUUUGGUGUUAUCAGGGCUUCGCUUGCCGUGGGAAAAGCAAGCUGCCGGGGAUUUUAUCCACGUGGGGAAUCAAUUGACCUUGAGCUCUUCGUUCUGGACAACCUUAACGCGGACAUCCUUGUUGGCCAAGACACAGUUGAAAUCCUGGAUGUCUUUAAUCUGCACAGCGAGUCGCUCAUUCCCAGCAUCCCCCGACUGGGAGAGUCCGAACUCAGCAUCAUUCGUCACAUCGGAGGCCGGGAGCUGCGCACUGUGGAUAUAUGGAACAAAUUGAGAAGAAUAUUUGGCUGCAAACUAUUACGUCGCCCCGAAGAGGGGACUGGCAGCGUUCCAUCCCAAGAUGACCUUGACCAACAAGAGAAUGCUCGACGGGAGCGUGAGCGAGCCAGAAUCGCGAAACUUUCCGGCACUCUCAGAGAUCAGCGGCAAUAUGUGGAAGACAGGAAGAUUGAAGCUUUUGAAACCGCAAGACAAAUGCGUGCCUCCCCUAGCAUUCAAGAUUCGCUCGCCGCCAUGACGCCCAGCUCUCCAACGUCAUCCGUCUCACCGGGCGGCGAGAGUUCGAGGUCGAUGGCUGCGGACGUUGGCGAUAGCGAAAUCACUCGCAUGAGAAUUGAAGGCACCACCAACCCCCCGCCUAUCGAAGGCGGAUAUAGGUGCACCUUUGAGGGGUGCACAGCUCCGCCUUUUCGAACUCAGUGGCUUCUCAACUCUCACACCAAUGCACAUUCCUCGGCAAGGUUGCAUUAUUGCCCCGUGGAAGGGUGUCGAAGAGGCAGAGGAGGGAGGGGAUUUAUAAGAAGGGAUGAGAUGAUUCUCCAUGAUCUGGCGCAUUAUUUAGCUGGUUAUUUCUGCCCAUUUUGCCCUGAUAGAGACCACAAGCAUCCAAUGCCAGUUGACCUGCAGCAGCACGUCCGUCUACACCACCCCGACCAAGACACAGACGAUCCAGUUCUUCAACAAGUAUUGGCCCGACAGCCCGACGGCCCGACAGCCCUAAUAGGGGAACAAGAGGGAGAGGUCAACCCCCUUGAGGGUUUAUGGAGUUCGUUCCGAGUUUUGGAUGGUUCUUGA